AUCCGAACGGAGUGCAACGCAACAAACCAACUCAUUCUAAAAUCCACACGCUAACCUAUAACCAUAAAAGAAAGAACAGAAGAAGCAAAACCCCCAACCGUCAUCUUCACUUCGUCGUUUUUGUAGAACUUAGAUGCGCGCCUCCACCAUAAGAAAACUAUGCACCCUCAGCACCCUAUUUCGCCUUCACUCAACACGGAAAGCCAAGGCACUUGCCUCUUCCUCUUCCGUUUCCAUUUCUGAGCACAAUGCUUCUGAGUUCAACCACUCUUCUAUCAACCUCAACCGUGUCUCUUCUCGAGGUGCAGAGGAUUCUCCUGAUGAUGAUAAUACGUCUUCCGAGGUUUCUUCUAUAGUGUACAGUCCAUCUCUGGCAGAGGAACAUGUUGUCGUGAAAGAGGAACCUGUUGUCGAAGAAGUUGACUAUGGCAAAGCAAAAAUGGAAAAAGUAAUAGAUUUCACGUGGUCUCCUAAUCUGUCUGCUGGCGACCUUUUGUUUAGACGGAAGGAUGUUGUAGCCCAUGAGAGAAAAAGCAAAUGGAUUCUUAAACUCAAACUCGAAGAUCGUUCUGAUAGGUUAGUUAAAAUGUGUGUGAAAAAACUAGGAACAGGGGUGACCUUUGAUGUGUUUCGUCAGCUGGGUCGAGAGACUGAUGUGAAAGAGUUCAAUGCAUUAAUAAAGAUGAGUAUACAGAAGGCAAGGACUACUAAUAAUGAAUAUGUUGCCAUAGAAGAAUUGAGUAAGGCUUUUCGCCUUUUAGAAAAUAUGAAGGAGUGCGGUUAUAAGCUAGAAGAGGAAACGUAUCAACCGCUGCUUAGGUAUGUCAUAGACAUGGGCAUGGUUAAAGAGUUUCAACUUUUCUCCGAUGUGGUCAGAGCUGAGAAUCCCUGUUCAGUUUCACGGUUGGCUUACUAUGAAAUGUUGCUGUGGAUAAGAGUUGAAGAUGAAGAAAUGAUUCGGGAUAUUUGUGAAUAUAUUACUGUAGAAGAUGGCCAAGACACUUCUGCUAUGCGAGAAAAUUACUUAUUGGCUCUUUGUGAAAGUGAUCUGAAGACCCAGAUUACAGAUGCAUUGAAAAAUAUAGACAUAACAAUGCUUUCAUCUGCAAAAUCUAUAGCAAGUGUAUUUCAAUCAUUAGGAAGGCUACAGUUGGAAUCUCUUGCCAAGAAUUUACUUUUGGAUUUGAGAGCACGAGAUUUUGAUGAAGAUGAUAUUUCAGGCUUCAUUGCUGAUUAUGCUGUUAGCAUUCCAAAUUUAUCGAUAUAUGAGUAUCAUUUGGUUACAAGAGCCUUGUCCAUCAGAUUGAAAAAGGAUGGUAGAGUGAAAAUGAUAACAAGACCUUUACAACCCCUGGAGUGCACUGAAGCACUUCCCUUGGCAUCAUCAUUUGCCUGACCAUAAUAUGAAGAGCAAACUUUUGACAAGAUGAUGAAUAGUAAUCUGUUUAUUCAUGUAUUUAAAAAGAACGAGUCACUCAAUAAUGUAAUUUUUUAGGGUCCAUCUAGUGUACAGAUGUGUUUUGGUACAGAUUUACAGAUUUUUGUUUUUAUUUGGUUGUUUAUUGAUUUAAAAGUGUAUCACUAAAAGUGUUGCUUAAAGAAAAAGUGUUACCCUUAAUCGUUAA